AGUGUGAAAGUUAAAUGUGCGCCGGGCUGGAAAAUUUUCACAACUCACACAUAUACAUAUUGUACAUAUUGCCAGCUAUAUAUAGUAUAUAGUAUAUAGUAUAUAUAUAUUUAUACAUAUAUGUGUGUGCAUGCGAAAAUGUAAAGCGAAACCUUGAAACCUGCUGGCAAUUGUUCAAAGUGGCCAAUAAACGGAAAAUUAUAAAUAAAAUGUAACUAAAGAAAAGUGCGAAAAGUGUGUAUAAAAGUGUGCAACCACGAAGGCUUAAGUAUUUGAAGUGCUGCUGCUGCUGCUGCUGCUGCUGCUGCUGCUGAUGAUGAUCACAAAUUUCAAUUGAAUUUAAUCAAAAUCAUAAGAAAAACUGACACACACAAAGCCACACAAAAAGGCAAUACACACAACAUUUAAUUUCAAGUGGCUUGCAGCGUUUGAUUUGCAUCUGUGUGUGUGUGUGUGUUUGUAUAUAUAUAUAGAUAUUCAUAUAUAUAUGUAUGCAUGUGUGUCCCAGUGUCGUCUGACCGAGAAACUUAAACUAAGGCAACGCUUUCAGCCAUCGCCAGCAUUGUUGUUCGGCACUGCAUUUCAUUGAAACGAACUUCAAAUUGUUGUCGCACAAUUCUAUGCAAAUAUAAACACAUUAGUGUGCCAGUGUUGGUGUCUGUGUGUGUGUGUGUAAGUGUGUGAGUGCAACUGUAUCUGCAUCCUGCAACUCUGCCACUUGCCGUGCCUCGAGUCUUCGCAAAAUGGGCAAAAUGGUCAGCGAGGAGACGGUCACGGAGGCCGCUCGCAGUGAGAAAAUCGAAUUGUCGCGCUUCGGCGAAUACUGUCAGCGUCAUGGCAUAAAUCCCAAUCUCAUUAUGCUCAAGAUAACGCUGUUUGUCAUGUACGGAGCCACUUCAUCGCUGCUGCCUUAUCUGACAAUACACAUGCAAUCGAUUGGAUUGACGGUGGAGGAAAUUGCCAUUAUCUAUUUGGCGCUGCCGUUUACAACCUUCUUAAGUCCCCCCAUUACAGGUUUUCUCGUUGACAAAUUUGGCAAAUAUAAACCUGUAGUUGUGAUGAGUUUGCUUUUGAAUGCAAUUUUCCAUCAUUCGCUGCUCUUUAUACCCCAGCAGGAGAUACCGGGCGUGGUGCCAUCGGCUUUUGUGAUGCGGCAUCCGGAUAGCGGCGACAUUGAGGUCUGGUGGUCGCCCUGUCCGAGUCGCGAGUGCCCCGAGGAGCCCGAGCUUGAAUUGGCCGUGCAUCAGUGCGUCGACUAUUGUUUGCUGCAGGAACAAGUUAAUCCGAAACUUUACACCGCUUUGCCGACAACCGAGAAACACACAACAACAACAUCCACAACAACCACAGCACGUCCUACGACUACCACAUCCACAAUCAGCAGUACAUUGGCAACAGCGGUGGUGACCUCACCGCCCCCGCCGACAACAACAACCAUGGGUAGCAGCACAACAACAACAACAACGACAACAACGGCGGGGACUACAACAUCAUCGCCAGUAUCAUCAUUACCAGCAUUAUUCGCAACGCAAACGAGAAGCAGAUACCAAAAUGUACUUAAUAUGUCAUCGACCAUGUUCCCACCAUUGGAGAACAUUUCAGCAAUGUCCUUACAGCUUGCCACCUCCUCCCCCACAUCAUCGUCAGCUGAAUUGUCAGCCAUGUCCAUGCAGGGAUUGAAUUUGUCCACGGACCGGACAAGUGCCAGUCAGGAGCCGACAGUUAGUAGCUGGGUGCAUUCCGAGAAUGCCGAUUCCACCUACUUUAUGCUGCAAAUGCAUCCUGAUCUGGCUGAUCCCACCGAACAACUGGGCAUGGAAAUCGAACAGGACGACAACGAGACUGUCACGGACAUCAAGCAGCGCUUUGGCGAGAAACGUUUGUGGCAAAUGCAAAUCAAUGUGACUGAUUUGGAGGAGCUGGACCUGCGUUGCGGCGGACUGGUGAGACGGACGAACAUUUCCUAUGUGAGCAGCGAUGCCGUGCGUUGCAUGAUGCAGCGUUGCACGUUCGUGAUGAACGCCCCAGAGAUAUGUCCGCCGGACUACAAGGAGACAGAUGAUACAAUCUUCUGGAUAUACUUUUUGCUCAGAUUUUUGGCCACAACCAUGUUAUCGGCCGGCGUGACUAUAAUGGAUCCCAUAGCCCUAACCAUGAUUGAGAAAUUUGGUGGGGACUUUGGACGAGAGCGUCUCUUCUCCAGCAUCGGCAUGGCUAUUUUCUCGCCCAUCACGGGCAUCAUGAUUGACUAUUCGUCGCGUGGCCUCGGCUAUACGGACUACUCAGCUGCCUUCUACACUUACGAUGUGCUUCUGGUCAUAUCCACGAUGUCUGUGCUGAUGAUGCCGUUGGGCGAGAAGCUGCCAGCCGAUAAUGUGUUUAGGGAUUUGUGGAAUCUAUUGAAAAUGCCGCAUGUGAUUGCCUUUAUCAUAUUUCUAUUUGUUUUGGGCAAUUUCUGGGGCUUCAUUGAGAGCUUUCUGUUCCUCUAUCUCAAGGAGCUGGGCGCGCCCAACUAUCUGCUGGGCAUCACAAUCACCGUCGGCACCGUGAGCAGCAUACCGUUCCUGUAUGGCGCCGAGAAAAUCACACGCAUUUUUGGACACGUUAAUUUGAUUAUUAUUGCGUUCUUCUCGCAUGCUGGUCGCCUGGUGGGCUAUUCAUUCAUCGAGAACGCCUGGUGGUGCUUUCCCUUCGAGGCGAUGGAGUCUCUCUCCUGCCACCUCAUGUGGGUGGCAGCUGCCACUUAUUGCUCCAUAUUGGCGCCAAAAAGUCUAUUGGCCACUCUGAUUGGUGUGCUGGGCAUGGCCCAUUUCAGCUUGGGUCGCGGCAGUGGCUCCUUUACGGGGGGCCUACUCAUCGGACAAUUUGGGACGCGCGAUGCGUUCCGUUAUAUGGGCCUGUUGGCCGUAGUGGGUGGCAUCGCCUACGGACUGUUACAUCUCAUUUGGCUGCGGAAAUUCGAUCACACGACCGAGGACUCGGAGGAGGAGGAGGCUGUGGAGAAUGGCGAAACGGAUAAAUUAACGGAGCCAGCUACGAAGGAGCAGGGCACUUCUAUGUCCCUAGAGCGUUUAAGUCUAAUGAUUAAAUACAAUCAGAUUGGCAGUCUGUCAUCGUUGCCGCGCGGCUCGCGGGCGGACAUACACGACCAUUUGUCAGUGCGCCGUAGCAGCUACAAUGUGGAGUCCUUGCGAGGAGUGCCCAAGCACGGCAACAUUGGGAGCGCCUCGAAGGUCGACAUACUGCGCUCCGCACUCGAAAUCAAUCACAAGUCCUCGAACAAUUCAAUGCUGAGCAAAGCCGAUAACAAAACGUCAAAUCAAUCAUUGGGUCGCAAUCGUGCCGACAGUGCCCCAAAAUUAAAUCACAGUAAUCUGAAGAACAUUUCGCAGCCAGCCCUAGAGGGUGUCGUCCUGGAGGGCGUGGAAUCAACAUUUUUUCCGAGCCGCAUGAAAAAGUAUCCAAGUGGUUUGUUAACUUCAAUACCCGCUGUGGAUUUAAGCGUAAUACCCAGCUCCAUGUUAAUGGAUCAAGAGGGUCGCAAGGUAAUACCCGAGGAGACAGAAUUAAACGCAUCCAAAAGUACAGUUGCGGGUAGUGUCGAGGAGACAGCAACGGAAGCAAGGCCAGCCACGCCCACACAGGCCCAGUCCCAAACAAAUGGCAACGGAAAGGGACUGCAUGCCGAUAAGGCGCAUGACGAUGACAAAACCGAUGCAACUUGAUAGCUGCAUUUGGGUGCACGGCGGCGUAUGAGUGAUAUUACAGAAAACACAAAUGAAAUUAAACCAAAAGCAGAAGGACGUUUGAAAUCAAUUAGCAAUCAAGCCUAUAUGUUUUUUGUGUGUGGUUAACUCAAAUACAAAAUUAUUGUUAGUUAUAUGUGUAUUAUGUUACAUAAAUUAUGCAAAUUAAUAAACAAUUGUUGAAUAAAUAUAAACAAAAUAAAUAAUAA